AUGAUGGAUCUAUUCCGCAGAGGAGAGCUGGGGCUGCUGGGAGGAGGAGAGGGUCUGAGGGAUGACGUGGGCAUUCCCGGCAUCAGCUGGUCAGCCAAUCGGAUGCCAGAGGACAUGUACCCGGCGUCAGGAUUGGCCCUGGCUGCCGCCUAUCAUGAUAAAACCCGGCUUGGCCAGCUGGAGAGGGAGAACAGCAGCAUCAAGAGGAAGCUCAAACACUACGAGGUCAAGUUUCCUAUAAUCAGUGAGUUUGGGGAGGAGAGGUUACUGUGCUGUUCCUGUGAUCCCCUCAUCAACGACACCAGUGUGAUCCAAUCAGAGACCACCAACCUGCAGCAGAGGAUCAACUCUCUCACUCAGGAGCUCCAGAAGAGUAAGGAAAGAGAGGAGAGGUUGGAGGAAGUCAUCCAGGCUUAUGAGAAGAUUCACCUGGAGAAGAGCAACGUCCAGAGGGACCUGGACAAGAUGACCUCUCUGGCAGAGCAGCAUGUGGAGCAGAUAUGCGGUCUGGAGUCGGCUCUCAGACAGAGAGAAACAUCUCUGCAGAAGCUCAGCGUUCAACUCCGCAGCAAAGACGCACACAAGUCUCAUCUGCAGCUGCACGCCAGCCUGGACGUUCCCCGAGAGGGCCGGGGGGGGCAGCUGCAGAGCUCCCGCAGCCUGGACGCUCUGUCCGACCUGAAGCUGCAGCGCCUGGAGGCCGAGCUGGAGGGGGCCCGGCACCGGGAGGAGGGGGCCUGCCACCGGGAGGGGGAGCUGAGGGCCGAGCUCAAGAGGCUGCAGAAGGAGGUCGCAAAGCUGCAGGAAGCACAGAGACAGGCCCAGGAGCCCCCCCCACACUGUGAGCACUGCGACGUAGAGUGGAUAAAGAAGGCCGGGGACGAACAGGUUAACCUAGCAUUAGCCUACACAGAGCUAACGGAGGAGUUGGGUCGUGUUCGCAGUCUGGCUGUGAAACAGAGCGACCUUCUGCGGCACGUCUCACAGGAGCCUGUCAACCGUCCUUCCCCAGCCCCUCAGCAUCUCUCCCCCACCUCCCCCCAGCGCCCCUCACUCUCCCCUGACCGGCUCCACCCCACCCCCUCCCCUCCUCACUCCCCAACCGACGGCCCCGCCUCCUACUCCCAUCAGCCAACCUGCAGCCGUCUACGGGCCAAGUUCCAGGGCCGACGCAGUUAUUCUGAGGUAUCUGACCCCUCAGGCCUCCGCCGGCCCCUGGCUUGGCUGAUGAGGGAUCCGGUAUCAACACUCCCCAAGCCCAGGACCCUCCUGGGGGAGAAGCAGAGCUAUGGACAAAACAAACCCCAGCUUCGUACCUCAUUUGGGGGCCUGGUCAGACCGACGUCGGCUCACGGACCUGGAGGGGAGAGAGGAGGAGAGAGGGGAGGAGAGAGGGGAGAGAGGGGAGGAGGAGGCAGUCUGAGCAGCAGUCCUCAUCACUGUCCUCUGGACCUGGGCUUCCCUCUGGCUGCUGAGGUACAUCACUUCUGUCGCCAUGAUAACCCCCCCGAGCCCACCCCACUGGUGACCCCCCCACAGUCCUCUGAUGAUGAAGAGGACGUUUGUACCUAUCUGUCUCCGGCUGCCAGCCCGCCUCGGACGCUCGGCGCCAUUGGGAUUGGCUCAUUGUCACCGAGGGAACAGCCCCUACACUCCUCAUUCCCAUCUCCUAGGAAACAGCCCCGCCAUCCCUCCUUCUCGUCCCCUGAGGGCCCCUCCACCCUCUCCUGCCAUCUGCCUCCCUACAUGAACACUGAGCAUGCUCAGUCGUGGCCCUCCAUUAACUUAUGGAUGGAGUCAGAGGAGAGUGCUGCUCGGAGCUGUCCCCUGUGUCAGCUGACCUUCCCCACCGGUUACCCUGACGACGCCCUCAUCAAACACAUCGACUCCCACCUGGAGAACAGCAAGAUCUGACUUUAUACCAAGCAUGUCAGACCCCUGGUCACCUGACCCAGGGACAGUUUGAUGAGCCUGCAUGUUUCUCUCCACAGAACUGUCCCAGUGUAGCCCAGGUCUUCUGGUAGACGUCCCUUUGUCCUUCAGUCCAUAUAGUGGAUUCUAACCAGCAACCCUCCAGGUACAGAAGGCUUUCCACCCUCCAGGUUCCAGAGCUCAACAUCAUAGCUGCAGGUUGUGCAUCUUUUCAUUUGUGUUCACAGAGAACACCAACAAACAUCUCUCAGAGUCACCAUGUCAGUCAUUCUGUCCUCAUCAUGGACGUAUAAAGAAAACUGGAUCCAGAGUUGAAGGGUCUCGUUAAUUUCUAUCAAAGUAGCUCAGUGGCGCAUAAAGCCAAAAUGGACUGACUCUCAAGUACAAAAAUACCUAGAUCUUAUCUGGAUCUUAUCUAAGUCUUCCCUAGUCGUUUUAUGGAUCUUCCCUAGACCUUCCCUUGAUCUUCCCUAGACCUUCCCUUGAUCUUCCCUAGACCUUCCCUAGAUCUUCCCUAAACCUUCCCUAAACCUUCCCUUGAUCUUCCCUGGACCUUCCCUAAACCUUCCCUUGAUCUUCCCUGGACCUUCCCUUGAUCUUCCCUGGACCUUCCCUAAACCUUCCCUUGAUCUUCCCUGGACCUUCCCUAAACCUUCCCUUGAUCUUCCCUGGACCUUCCCUAAACCUUCCCUUGAUC